CCAACAGCAGCGGCGGCCCGCGCCUCCCCGCGCCGUCCGCGCCCGUCCGACCCGGCCACGGAGGCAGCGCCGCGGCGGGACCCGGAACCUGUGCCGGCCGAGAAGCGCCGCGCCGCUGAGCGCCCAGCAGUUCGAUGGGGCCGCAGCGGCCGCUGACGGCCGCGACCGCCCUGCUCUGGGGCUUCCUGCUCCCGCUGACAGCUGCUCAGGAAGCAAUCCUGCAUGCGUCUGGAAAUGGCAAACCUUUACCGUCUAAGGACUACUGCAUGCUAUAUAACCCUCAUUGGACGGCUCUUCCAAAUACCCUAGAAAAUGCAACUUCCAUUAGUUUGAUGAAUCUGACUACCACACCACUAUGCAACCUUUCUGAUGUUCCACCUGAUGGAAUAAAGAGCAAAGCAGUUGUAGUACAGUGGGGAACCUGCCAUAUUCUUGAAAAAGCCAGAAUUGCACAAACAGGAGGUGCUGAAGCAUUGUUGGUUGCCAAUAACAGUGUCCUAUUUCCUCCCUCAGGGAACAAAUCGGAAUUUCAUGAUGUGAAAAUACUGAUUGCAUUUAUAAGCCACAAAGACUUUAUAGAUAUGAAGCAGACUCUUGGAGAUAACAUUACUGUAAAAAUGUAUUCUCCAUCAUGGCCUAACUUUGACUAUACUAUGGUGGUUAUUUUUGUAAUUGCUGUGUUCACUGUGGCAUUAGGAGGAUACUGGAGUGGACUAAUUGAAUUGGAGAGCAUGAAGGCAGUGACAAACACUGAAGACAGAGAAAUGAGGAGAAAGAAGGAAGAAUAUUUAACUUUUAGUCCUCUAACAGUUGUAAUAUUUGUGGUCGUGUGCUGUGUUAUGAUGGUCUUACUUUAUUUCUUCUACAAAUGGCUGGUGUAUGUUAUGAUAGCAAUCUUCUGCAUAGCAUCAGCAAUGAGUCUGUACAACUGUCUAGCUGCACUCAUUCGUAAGAUACCGUGUGGACGAUGCACGAUUAUAUUUCGCGGCAAAAGCAUUGAAGUGCGACUUAUUUUUCUCUCUGGACUAUGCAUAGCAGUGGCUGUUGUUUGGGCUGUAUUUAGAAAUGAAGAUAGGUGGGCUUGGAUUUUACAGGAUAUCUUGGGGAUCGCUUUCUGUCUGAAUUUAAUUAAAACACUGAAGUUACCCAACUUCAAGUCAUGUGUGAUACUUUUAGGUCUUCUCCUCCUCUAUGAUGUGUUUUUUGUUUUCAUAACACCAUUCAUCACAAAGAAUGGCGAGAGUAUCAUGGUUGAACUUGCAGCUGGACCUUUUGGAAACAAUGAAAAGAAUGAUGGAAACUUGGUGGAAGCCACUGCUCAACCCUCAGCUCCCCAUGAGAAAUUACCAGUAGUCAUCAGGGUACCAAAGCUGGCCUAUUUCUCAGUAAUGAGUGUGUGCCUCAUGCCAGUUUCAAUACUGGGUUUUGGAGACAUUAUUGUACCAGGCCUCUUGGUUGCGUAUUGUAGAAGAUUUGAUGUUCAGACUGGUUCUUCUUCUGUAUACUAUGUUUCCUCCACAAUCGCCUAUGCUGUUGGCAUGAUACUCACAUUUGUUGUUCUGGUGCUGAUGAAGAAGGGGCAGCCUGCCCUCCUCUAUUUAGUUCCUUGCACACUUGUUACUGCCUCAGUUGUUGCCUGGAGACGUAAGGAAAUGAAAAAGUUCUGGAAAGGUAGCAGCUAUCAGGUGAUGGACCAUCUGGACUAUGCAACAAAUGAAGAAAACCCUGUGACUGCUGGGGAACAGAUUGUUCAACAAUAGUAUUAUGUAGACCUGCAAUAAUGUGUCAGUUGAUUUUCUACGAAUAGAGUUUGACUUUUUAAAUUGACUUUUGAAUUGACAAUCUUAAUGAAUCUUCAAUGAUAUGCUUGCAAAUAUAUAUUUUUAAGAGCUGGUACUGACAAUUACAUCAAAUAAUUGAAACACAUUUGCUUUUAACUGUGUUAAAAUUGUGCCUUCACAUUAAAUAAAAGCUUAUGGUCUGUGUAACUUUGAA